AGUGAAGUGCAGCAAGUUAGCAUAGUUAUACGAAAACGGAGAGAAGGAGUACAUGAAAUCUGUUGGGAAACAACAAUGAAACACGUUGUCUUGGUAACAGGCGGUAGUGGAUUUCUUGGUCAGCAUGUGGUGAAACACUUACAACUCUAUGGAGAAAAUGUUAAAGAAAUUAGAGUUUUAGAUAUGAUCGACUAUAAGCAAAAGCUAGAAUUUGAGAUUAAGAAGCCAAUGCAAACAUUUACCGGGAGUAUAACAGACAAAGAUUUAGUAGAACGAGCUUGCCAUCGGGUUGAUAUUGUUUUACAUGUUGCGUCCAUUAUUGACUACAACCAGUUCCCUAACCAAGCCAUUCUAAAUGAAGUUAAUGUCAAAGGUACAGAGGUCGUAUUGAAUGCAUGUCGGGAGGAGAAUGUACCGUACCUUAUUUACUGUAGUUCUAGUUCAGUAUAUCUUGGUCCGGAGGCUGUGAUGGACGGAACAGAAACAUCUGUUUCACAGCCAUCUAGAUUCUAUUAUAAAGCCUAUGCCUCGUCUAAAGCUAAAGCACAAGAUAUGGUCUUAUCUGCAAAUGGUUCUAAAUUGAAUAAUGGAACUGUUCUGAGAACUCUUGCAAUUUUACCUUUGCCUAUGUUUGGGGAAUUGGACAACGUACAAAUACCACUUGCCGUUCGCCCAUUCAAGGGUAAAACAUUCCCAGUGGUUGGACCUAUGGACGCUACAGUACAGUUCAGUUAUGUUGGAAACACUGCAAUGAUGUUCGUCAUAGCAGCAGAAGCUUUACCUAAUAAUUCGUCGCUUGGAGGACAUUUUUUCUUUGCCGCCGACGAUACGCCUCCAGCCUCAUAUCCCGAAACAAUGAAACCUUUUUUUAACCAUUUUGGUACUACGACUUCUAAAUGGCAUGUUCCGUAUUGGAUUGCGAUGUUUCUGAUGUUUCUGUUUUUCUGUGUACUGUUUAUCUUGCGGUUCAUGAGAGUUACUUUACCGACAGUACAUUUUUCGUUUGGUAGUUUAGCCUUUCUUAAUACGACAUUUUAUGUUACUUACGACAAAGCUAAAACUAUGCUUGGAUAUAAACCUCUUUAUGAAUAUGGGUCAUGCAUCGAAAGAGCCAAAGCGUUUUAUGAAAGUAUAAUUUAAAAAAGAUUGAAUGUGA